AUGGAACAAGAGCAGAACAACACCUUAGCCUUCCUCGAUGUCCAAGUCACCCGGGAAAAGGAUGGCUCCAUCGAUCUCCCACACAAUUCACUGCAAGCCAACGCACACCGACUAAUACCUACACAAGACAUCCUUCCACCACCCACGCUUCAAGUCAGCAGUCAGCAACACCCUCCUCCGCCAAGCUACAACACCUGCGACCCAAGCCCAUCUCAACUACGAGUCUUCAGCCAAGCCAACAUCAAGGUCUAUCACACAGCUCCACACAAGAUACAAGCUCAACUACAGACACACAAGGACAAACAAGACCUGAAUACCAUGGCAGGAGGCUACAGUAUACCAUGUAAAUGCGGCAAUGUUUACAUCGGAGAAAAAAGACGUGAACUCAAGACCAAAAUCAAGGAGCAUCAAGCACACGGCAGAAAAGGAGAAAUCGACAAGUCAGCCAUCAUCAAGCACUCACACGAGCAAGAUCAUCGCAUCCAUUGGGACCAAGCCCGCAUCAUCGCUGCAGUCACUCACUGGCACCCAAGACGCAUCAGAGAAGCCAUCAAAAUUUACUGA